UCGCCCCUCCAGAACAUGUGCCUGGUGUAGCCCACCAGUUCUCUCAUAUCUGGAUGUAGGGGAUAACUCUUGACGUGUUUUUCUCUAUCUUAGCUAGAUGACCUUACGCCUUAUUGUGGGAUAUUGGAUUCACUCAGAGGUUUGGAUAUUAUCCCAUGUGGUGUAACUUUUUUUCCCAAUUGGAUUGAGUGUUAAAUACAAUGACUGAUAGUGGAAUAUUGUGGGAUGUCGGACAUUCAGUCCGUCCAAUCGAUAGUUAUUGAUCCAUGAUCAGUGACAGGCGGAAAUAAUAGAUGACACAACAGAGGAUGUCGCUUUGUGGUGACAUUUGAUGCCCAUACCCCCGGCUGUAACUCAGCUAGCCGCGUGUGCCGUGCGGUGACCGGCUAUACGGUGACCGGCUGUACGGUGACCGGCUGUUCUAGAUCAUGUCAAUGAAGGAAAAACGUAAUGUAACGUUCGAGGAGCCGGAGGGCAGGCUCGACACGGCCGAGCCCAACAACAAUGACACCGGCAACCGGACUGCUUCUAAAAACAACAAGGACGACAGUAGGUCGAGGUCACGUGCACGGUCCAGAUCGUGGUCACGGUUCCGGACCCGGAGAGCCAAGUCGCAAGAUGCCAAGGGUAGCCGAGACACCAGCUGCGGCAGUGCCGGCUCCAGCUCUGGCAUCAAGAGGGAGCGGAGCCUGGUCAACCUGGUACGGACCGGCUCACGGAACUCGGUCAGGAGUUUGGUCAAGCUGUUCGAAACCAGAUCGAUGAACGAAGGAAGAAAGACACAAAUCGUCUUGCUAGAUGAACGUCGUCUGGAUAUAAUCAUACAGCCCAAGUUGUACUCCAACGACCUGCUGGAUCUGGUCGCAUCUCAUUUCAAACUUAAAGAAAAACACUAUUUUGGUUUGGGCUUCUACGAUGAGACAAAUCAUUUCAACUGGCUGCAGGGAGAGAAGAGAGUUUUAGAGCAUGAUUUUCCCAAGAAAACAGGCCUGCUUGUGCUACACUUCUCUAUCAGGUUUUAUGUGGAUACCAUUGGCUUGCUGAGAGACACACAAACUGUGGAGUUGUUUUACCUCAACACCCGGCAGGCAUUGUUCAGGGGACAGAUCGAGUGUGACACGGAAACUGUGUUUGAGUUAGCUGCUCACGUCUUGCAGGCGACCAACGGAGAUUUUGUCAGUGAAGAGGAAACAAGAGAAGAACUUAAAAAACUGCCAGUUAUUCCAACCAGUUCACUUAAAGAGCAUCCUUCUAUAGCCUAUUGUGAAGACAGAGUUAUCUCCUACUAUGAGAAGCUGAACGGAACCACCAGGGGACAUGCCAUUGUAAAUUACAUGACCAUAGUAGAAAAACUUCCAACAUAUGGCAUCCAUUACUACGAUGUAAAGGAUAAAAAAGACAUUCCAUGGUGGCUGGGCAUCAGCCCUAAAGGUAUAGCUGUCUAUGAUAAAAAUGACAAGACAACACCCAGAAAGUUAUUUACCUGGAAAACUUUAGAGAAUUUGUACUACAGGGACAAGAAAUUCUCCAUUGAAGUUCACGGGCCCAAGCGGGAAGAUUCGGGUAGCCACAUCAUUCACACAUUAAGCAGCUUCAACCCGUACGAGGACGCGGUCAGGGAGCCGGUGGAGUGGAGGGACGACCUGUCUACAGCCAUAUCGGACCCGAGCACCCAGGUGUCUGUGAGUCGGCGCACGUUUGGUGCCAGCAACGUUGACGUCCACGCCUGGUUCGCCAGCACCCCCCAGCUGACAAAAUGUAUCUGGUCAAUGGCCGUGGCCCAGCAUCAGUUUUACCUGGACAGGAAGCAGAGCAAGGGCCAACUGCCGGCAGCUCGCAGCAUGUCCGAGAUAGCAGAGGAGCUGUGUAGGAGCACCACCUCCCUGCCGGGCUCCCUGGGCUCUGACAUAAGCAGGAGCCCCAGCUCACACAGCCUGCCCAGCUUGUGCAACUCAAGAUACGACCUGACCAUCGAGCAGUCCGACUCCCUCAAGGCUGAGAGAGACAUGUAUCAAGCACUGAAGGCCAGGAAGGAGGCGCUAGAGGAUGCCUUAAGGAAGAAGACAGAGGAACUUAAAAUUCUUUGUCUGCAGGAAGGUGACUUGACUGGAGAGGUGCCUAAAGACAUGCCACUAGCUCAUGGUGAACCUGUUCCUGUCUUCAGGAAGAGAGUUGGCACUGCAUUCUCUCUGUCCCAUGCUAAAGAUAUCAACAAUUUGUCCAGUGACCUCUCCAAGCUAGAGCUGGAAGUGGAACUACAGGGGAAAAUAACGGCAGCAGCAGAAAAACUGGCCAGUGAUAAAACUGUUAGUAAAUACGUGCGUAAGCAGCGCAAGCAGUGUUACACUAAAGCCCUUGGCAAGCUAAAAGAGAUGGAGAAAAAGCUGCGUGAAAUGAGGAAGCAAGUUGGGAAAACUUCAUCCAGCCAACACCAGACAGGCAUGGCGCAUGACGACAGAGGAGUUGGGAUAACCAUUGUACCAAACAAGCAAACCACACAGGCUCCCAGGCCAGCAGAACCAGCUACAGAAGAGAAUCACAGAACUGCCCUCAGUCCAAGCCACAGCAGUCCCCAGCUUUCAGCAGGCUACACACCAAAUGGAGGAGCACAGGGGCGGGGGGUGCAGAGAGGCCAGCACUACCCCACAGUUCUGGGCAGCAGGAACAACAGUGACCACCUGGACACUGACACCACCCUCCCGCUGGCCGCCAACAUGCGCCUGGAUGGCAGCCACGACAGCGGCUUCAGCUCCGCCAACAACAUGUACAACGUCACAUCACAACGCACCUCGCACUACGAGAGCACCGACCAGCUGCGCUCACCAGCCACUUCAGAGCCUGGGACCAUCUACCCCUUACACAAGUCACAUGACCCAGAUCCUCAGUACGGACCUUCUAAAAAUGGCCCCGGGGACGAGCCGUUUUUACGUGCUGCAGCCAACCCCAGCGCGCCAAAUUUACAUUACGGCAGCCUGGACAGGAAACGACGAGACUACAGACAGCAGUUUCACAGAGAUGUUUCGCCAGUGAGGUUCAAGUCCAGGCACCACCAAAACAUUGCGGAGUAUAGCGGGGCAAGGGCAGGCAACUACAGAGAUCUGACCAGCCCCGCAAAUAUCAUGGUGGAGGUUCCUGUACACCAUGAGCGUGGCCAGUCUAUGCCUGCAGCUAAACCAGCCUGGGGCGAAGCUUCAGCUCAGCUCCACAGCCCAGAGCAUGAUAGACUCAAACCUGCAGCUGGUAGCCUGGCCACCACAGCUGAUCAUGUGUACAUGCCUCGUGCGUACAUGGGCAGCAGGCCAUACCAGGACAUUGAUGAGAGCCACGUACACACCAAGAACCCAGAGCACAACUUGUCUGGGGUCCACCACACCUCAUCACAGCCCGUGUUCCACAGGACAGAGAGGAGCCUGUCCCCCCUCAGGUCACAGCCUCCCCCCUACCACCACCACCAGCGGCCGCUACCACCCUCUGGCUUUGACAGGCCAUCCCAGCAUCCUUACCAUCACUACCAGCCACAGGUCACCUCACCCACUCAAACUCAGCCUGGUUUUUCAGACACGGCUCGCACUAUACCUAUCCAGCGUAUAGAGAGCCCAACCUCCACCUCCCCUGUGCCUCAGUACUCACAAAGCUACCAGCCUGCCUCUCCCGUAUCAUCAGGGCCCUCCUCCCCCCGGAGCCCAGCCACCCACGCCAGCAGUGCUCUUGUGACGGUCACCCGCCUGCAGCCCCACACAGAGGUGACCAAGCCGUACGAGAUCUCAGACUUCUACAGGUACAGUGAGAAGCUGAGGCGCCAGCGCUUGAUAGACCAGUACCACAGACAGCUGAUUGGGGCCGACCCCACUUCAAGGUCGUCUUCUCCCCUGUCUGUAGAAAGUGAUGGACAUUCCUCCCACUCUGGGAGCGCCUCACAGCACUCGGCUUCAUCCAGCCACACCCACCAGUCUCCUGCCCACCACCCCUUCUCCACCUCCAACCUGAAACAGCCAACACGUGGCCCACAACAGCCGUACAACAGAUCGGUGUCGGCGCCGUUGUCAUCCAUCCAGCCCAGCUACUUCUCCCAGCAGGUCACCUCCCCCACCUCCCAUCAUGCCCAGCCAGUGUCACCAUCCUCCCACCCCGGGCUGUCCUACCCUGACGGCCAGAUCACAUCCUCCUCGUCCUCGUACAGUGUCAAGUCCCAUGGCCCAAACCUGCAGUACGCCAUGCAGUCUUCCACCAGCUACAAGAUCCAGCAGGUACACUCCUCAGCCAAACACACAAUGUACCAGCCACCCCAGCCUAUGACCUGUAAGCCAGUUAGAAACCCCUCAAGUUACAUACCAGAAAAUCAGAAGAGAUGAGUCCACUGAUAGUCUCAUGUGAAACUUGACCCACUGCUUCAUUUUUCUAGGAAAAAUUUGAGCUUGUUGAAACCUUAUUAGCCAAGCUGAGUUCUAACAGCAUGGUUGGAUAUUGGAUCUGAAGCAAGCAAGUCAUUGCUAGAGUCACAACUGAGCUAUGUUAAACAUUGGAUUUUGGAGCAGCCUUGUAAUUAAGCCUCUAAUAUUUGUAAUGACUUGGAUUAACAAAGUUCCCCUCACAUACUUAAACACAACCAUGUGAUUAAAUUAAAGCAUAUCCUACUUCAAGUUUGAUCAGGAUUUAUUUAUUUAAUAAAUUGCAAUGAAUUCCAAUGCUAUGUAACUUUUUGUAUGCCUAGACUUGUUACAGCUAAAAGCUUUUCACUGUUUCAUUUUUUAAAUAAAGUAAAAACCUUAUUAACUGUUGAAUUUAAAGUUUGAAAAAUUAAAUCAGCUGUAAGUUUUUUAUUAAAGUAAAUGAUUAACAGCUUCAAUUUUAAACAUGUUUAAAAAUGUGCUAAUGAACAAAUAGAAUUUUUAUGAUUUAAUUUAUUUUAACUUUGAAAUUAUAGGUUUUUUGCUUAUUUUUCAUUUUAAAACACACAGUUAAAAAUAAAUCAAGCUGUCACAUGAAUUAUCCUAAAUAAAGUAAAGUAGGAAGAUACAAAUGGUCCUAAGUAAAAAGUAGUAAGAUUUGAAUGAUCCUGUGUUGUACUACAUUGUAGUUUCAGUUUUGGUGUGAAGGUUCUAGUUCUCUACUGAUUGAAUGAAUUUAUCUCCCCUGAGCAAGUUUGACAGCAGUCUCUGUAAUGGAAAUUUUCUAUCUCUUGAUGUUUGUUGUUUACAUAAGACAUUCCCUCACCAGCAAACCAAAGCAGGUUGGAACACCAGCUUUUUAUUGUAUUUCAAUCAUUCUAAAGCUAGUGUGUUGUUUUCACCAGUUGGUAGCAGUAUAGAAUGGAAGUAUUAGAUUUGUUACCCCACAAUGCUUGCACUUGUCCAUGUUAUGCCAGCAGUGGUCAGCUACAAUGGUUACAGUACUUAUGGCUUGUUGUUUUAGAGUUGCUUUCUCGUGGUUUUUUCAGGUGUAACUUGUUUGCCCUCUGUGUAAUUUUAAAAUCUUUUAAAUUAAUUACAGGAAGAUUUUUUUCUUGUGUAAUUAGCACAAAGUUUUUCUUACUGAAGUAGGCCAGCACUAAUAUUGAUCUGAAUUUUGUUUUUCUUUAACAUCCAUACUUAAGGCAGCAUAAGUUGUUGGAUAUACAGUGCUAACUCAAAACAAAACAUUACUUAAUUUUAUUACAUGCUUUAGUUUUAAAAACAAAUUUAAACCAUUAUUUUAUAAAGUUUUAAUGAUCAUUUAUUUUUAUAAUCACUUGUUUUAUUAGUUGCCUUGCAGUUAAGGUUUUAAACCAAUGGGUGCAUUGUAUAAUUGUUUGAGAUUUGCUGCAAAACAAAACAAAAUGAUCUGUUUGAGUAAUUUUAUGCAAAAUGUGAAAUAUUCAUUUUUAAACAGUAUUGAUUGUUCCAUUUCUCUGAACCAGUAGAAGUGCAAAUGGUUUUCUUUUUCACUUGUUGUCAAUUGUUUAUGUGCAAUAAGUUUGAAAAUAAAUGUAAAUAUAUUUAAAC